ACACGGUGGCGCUAGCGAAAGAUUGCUGAUACUAGCUGCUGCUAAAAUGCAAAGAAGAAGAGGAGAAAGGCUGUUAUGAGCUGCUUCAAACAAACACAAAGAAGAAGGAAUAAUAUGGAGUAAUCUUGAGAGGAUGAAAUCUAAUGAAUUACUAGAGUGGUCCACAAACAUCUCAAAGAACUGUGCGUUGGUGUUUUAAGACUAUGAAGGAAACAGCAGCUAUGAAUCUAUUCACUGCACUCUCCCUUCGGCUAACACGGAGCUAACGUUAGCUAGCAACCGCCUGGUGGGGGCUAACGGUCACAUCGCCGAAUCGGUCCCCCGCGAGACGUUCAUCAACUAGAGAGCGGUUCGUUUUAACCUGGACCACGAGGUUUUGUCUCUGCCCUGUCGUGAAGCUCCGCCCGUCCCCCAUGGAGUCGUCUGGGGUCAGCAUGCAGGACGUGAGCGAGGUGGUGAUCGUCACAAUACCGGAGGCGGCAGGCGACGAGGUGGAGGAGGACAAGGCAGUGCUGGUGACCGAGGACCUGGCCCCUCAGCCUGGGGUGGACGUCCUCACAGCGGCGCCGGGAGAGUUGGAAGCCGGUGAAACCGAUUCUCCGUUGCUUGACGAGGCCGUCAUUGUGAAGCUGAGCGAGGAGGUGGAUGUGGACGUAGAGACCGAUGUCUUCUACCCGAUUACCUGCGGGGACGUUAAAGCCACGCUGGUGUGGAAUAAGUUUGUCUGCCCUGGGAUCAACGUGAAAUGCGUACAGUUUAAUGAGCAACUCAUCAGUCCAAAGGAGUUUGUGUGCCUAGCUGGGAAAUCCACUCUGAAGGACUGGAAGAGAGCCAUCCGACUCAACAGCACCAUGCUAAGGAAGAUUAUGGACUCCGGUGAGCUAGACUUCUAUCAGCACACUAAGGUGUGCUCCAACACGUGCCGCAGCACCAAGAUCGACCUGGUGGGGACCAAGGUGUCCGUCGGCGGGGAUCAGACCGUCGAGCUGCUCCCUGCCACCCCCUCAUCGGCCGACUUGAAUGGAGCAGUGGUCUCGUUCGCAGACGUGGCGGAGGAAACCUCUGAGUGGGUCACAGCCAUCGGAGAGGACUCUGUGGCAUUCUGGCGAGCGGUGAAAGAAGCUGGACUACUGGAGGAGGUGGUGGAGGACUUCCAAAAGGAGCUGCAGGAGGUGCUGAAGGGGUUACAAGAGAGAGUGUGUGACCCACCACUUCAGGUCAAAGAUGCUGUUUUGCUCAACAACAUAGUGCAGAACUUCGGGAUGCUGGACCUAGUGAAGAAGGUAUUAGCCAGUCACAAGAGCCAGAUGGACCACUACAGAGAGCAGUACACUCGCAGCCUGGCCGCUCUGGAGCAGCAGUGCGACGAGCACAGGAAGCGGGCCAAGGAGCUGAAGAGCAAAUCCCAGCACCUCAACAACGUCCUGAUGACCCUCGCCCCAGUGCCUGCGCCCCCGGCGCUGAAGCGCCCGCGGCUUACCCGCGCCGUCUCCGGCCUGGCUUCGGUCGGCGCCAGCCCCGCCCAGAUCACCCUGCCACUCGGCCAGCUGACGGGCCUGCCGCUUGGCAAGGUCCUGACAGUGGCGGGGGCUCAGGCCGGCGCCAACCUGGGCGGGUACACCUUACUGACCUCCUCACUCUCCGGAGCCGAGCUGGGGGCCGACGGCUCCAACGUCACCGUGCUGUCAGCCGCGGCGGGUCAGGAGGGCGGCGGCUUUGUCAAGGUGGUCGGCCCCCAGUUCCAGCUGGUGACGCUGCAGGCCGCGCUGCAGAGCUUGGCCGCCGCGCAGCAGCAGGUUGGCAGCCUUAGUGUGCUGGAUGCCACGGCAACCGCUGCAGAUGAAUCGCAAGAGGAAGGCCAGGCGGACGGGGAGGAGGAGGAGAGUCAGCCAGAGCAGGAGGACGGGGCCCAGCAGUGAGGAGACUGCUCUCCCAGCUCCUUAUUGCCUUCAUUUCAAUGUUUUGGCCGCUGGACUGAAAGUCUGAUAUAUCGUGCACGUUUUGACUUUUAAAGGACCUGCUCAAGGGCGUUCUUUUUAUCAUUGAACACACAAGCCUUCCUUGUAGAAUUUUCACAAUGCCUAAAUUGAUAUGGUGUGAUGUGAC